GUCAAAUAAACGUCAAUCACAGCUUUGCUUCGGCGCUUUGAGGUAGCAGUAUUUAAAAAUAUAUAGUAAUUUUACGCUUGGAAGACCGUUUUCAAUUAUAUCUAAACUGGUUUUAUUCUACAGCCAAGACAUGCACCAGCAGCAGAUGCGAGACCAGUUACUACAGCAGCACCAGCAGCAGCGGCGACGCCAAUCGUUGCUCACCAAAAGCGUCCAGGAGGAGUUUCUGAUCCACCAGGUGAAACUGCGGCCGGCUUUGUAUGACAAAUCAUUGAAGGCUUAUCGAAAACCGGGUGCCACGGACAAUGCAUGGGCGGAAAUUGCGAAUGCGUUGGGAGUGAAAGUGGAGAAUUGUAAAAAGCGAUGGAAAAGUUUGCGUGACACGUUCAUCAAAUAUUUUCGGCAGGAGAUACUGGCUGACACAAUACCUGGGUUGAAACGAAAGAAAUGGGUAUAUUAUGAGCAUAUGAGUUUUCUAAGGUCCCACGUAGAGUUGUAUGGGAUAUCUGAAACUGACUCAGCUAGUGACAAGGAAACAAUUGCAUCAGAAAGAACUCGAAUCAUCCACAUACCGGAAUAUAUUACCGAACAGGGAGAAUACAUCACCUGCGAGGACGCUAUCGAGGAACAGUUUGACGAUAAUCAAACUGAAUACGUUUACGAAGAAGUGGAGGCGACUUCACCUCCCACCACAACCACCUAUGCCGUGGAGGCAAAACAGGAAUCUCCACAGGAAGAAGUGGAAGUUGAACAGGGUGCGGUGGCAUCAGCAGUGAUACACGAGGAGCUCGAUCUGAAUUUGUCACAGGGGGAUGAAAAAAUCGCAAGCAUGCAACUGGUGGAUUCUGCCGGCGGUGGCGAUGUUGUCAAUCCGUGCAGUUCGAACUCGGGUGUAUCCGACCCAGACGAGAGAUUUCUUUUGAGUUGUGCACCGGUGUUGAAGAGACUUUCGAUGCGAAAGAACGCUUUGGUGAAGUUAAAAAUUCAACAGUUGCUGUAUGAAGUGGAGUUUGGAGAUGUUGAUUGUGGAUCUGAGAUUAGGAGAAGGAAUGUCACCUGAAGCGGCCAUAUGUAGAUGCUUUACCAUGGAUAUUUUAAAAAAAAUGUAGUGAUACUUGGUCUCAUAGAAAUGUAAAUAUAGAGCAUAAAUGAAUUAAACGAAAUAUUUA